UCAAUCACUGACAUCUCCUGCUCGCUGCGAGUUUUAUAGUGCGAUCUCGUUUUAGCCAUUGUUGAGGCCUCGAUCGAGAAAGAAAAACAAAAUGCUGGCGGUGUUUGACAAAUUGGUUGCCAAGGGCCCGGAGGCUCUGCAGAGUCCGCAGUCUGCUGCGGUUUCGGCAAUGAAAGAUGGGUUCUUGUCUAAUCACUUUGCUUCUCUGAAUCCUGGUGCUGUCACUGUCAAUCUUGCUUCUUCUGGGCUCAUGGCGUAUUCUGUUACCAAGCAAAACCCUCUUCUUCCCAGAUUGUUUGCGGUUGUGGACGACAUUUUCUGCUUGUUUCAAGGCCACAUUGAUAAUAUUGCUCUUCUCAAGCAACAAUAUGGCUUAAAUAAAACAGCAAAUGAAGUGGGCAUUGUUAUAGAAGCUUACAGAACUCUAAGAGAUAGGGGUCCUUAUCCAGCUGACCAAGUUGUGAGAGAUAUUCAAGGGAAGUUUGCCUUUAUUCUCUAUGACAGCUCCUUGAAAGCAACAUUCUUCGCUGCUGACGCUGAUGGGAGUGUGCCCUUCUUCUGGGGGACUGAUGCUGAAGAGUGUCUUGUCCUUUCUGAUGAUGUGGAGAUCGUUAAGGAAAUCUGUGGGAAAUCUUUUGCUCCAUUCCCUAAAGGAUGCUUCUUUACAUCUUCUGGAGGUUUGAGGAGCUACGAGCACCCACUGAAUGAGUUGAAACCAGUGCCAAGGGUGGACAGUUCAGGCCAGGUUUGCGGUGCAACAUUCAAAGUGGAUUCAGAGACCAAGAAGGAAAGUAGCAUUCCAAGAGUUGGGAGUGCUGCGAAUUGGUCAUCAAACUACUGAGCACAUUACUCCUUUCCUGCAAGGCUUUUUUUUUCUUAACAGACCUUAUCAGUCAUUCUGAUUCCUAUUUCCCACCUUCCUUUCCGAUUAAUGACUUAACUGCAUCAAUGGUUACAGAACUUCAUAUGCAGUAGCUAUUUUCCGAAUCAUGACAGCAAUUUAUAUAGCUGUAUGUGUUGCUUACUCGAGAUUUAGGACCACUGGACAUGCUCGGAGCUUUUGGCAUAUACGCGACUAAAUGGUUAAUUUGCUUUA